AAGGAAUUGAACAUGAAGAUCUUAGACCUUAUAUUUCAAAUAUCAUAACUGUUAUCCCGGCUUUUGAACAAUUAAUUGAACAAGAAGACAAAGUUAUCGAAAAAGAAAAAAAGAAAAAUCCGAGAAUAGACAUCAAAAUUUUUAAGUGGAUAAAAAAAAGGGUAUUUAAGCCUAAAAAUCAAGAACACAUUCAAAAUUACAAUUUGCCUUUAGCAAUUUCUAUUUGUAUCACUUCUUACGUUAGUAAACAAGUUAGGAAUAAGAUUGUUGGAUCUUCAGCGGCUAAAAUUUUAUUUAUUAACUUGAAUAUUCUUGUCGAUUCUUUAUCUGGUUGCGAAAGAAUUUUAAGAACACCAAUUCCCUUGGCAUAUGCAGUUCAUAUAACACAAACAGUUUGGCUUUAUUGUAUUACCUUAUCGUUUCAAUUAGUUUCUACGCUUCAUUAUACUACUAUUCCUAUAGUGUUUAUUGCAUCUAUUAUUUUAUUUGGUAUUGAAGCAAUUGGUGAAGAAAUUGAGAAUCCGUUUGGAUAUGAUUAUAAUGAUUUGGACUUGGAUGAAGUUGAACAAAUCACGAAAUAUCCACGACCAAAAGCUGAAGAUUGGGAUCAUGAAACAAACUCGAUGAUUGAUCUUAAAGAAAAGAUUCUUUCGAAUUCUUAUAGUAGUAAUAUUUUUGACAUGGUUUUAGACAUUACAGCAACACAUGAUGAUCUUGAAAUUGAUCAAA